UACAGAUUGACAAUGAAAAGUUGACAUUCUCUGUGCUAAGUAUUUGCGCCAAAUGUACAAUUUAUCUUUGACCCAAAAAUUGACAUUAUCUAUUGAAAAACGAGAUGCUAAAAAUGUUGUUGAAAGUCUAAGUAAGUUUGUGUUAUAUUUUUUAACCAAUUUUUUCGUGACGACUUAAAAUUUGAGCAUGUGUUUGAGAUGGCUUAGAUGACUUAUCUAAAAUCUUUGCUGUGCUUGUCUAUAUGGAUAAAAUGAGAGAUAGUGAUCGAUUUUCGUUGGAAUGAGAAAUGAAAACAACAAAAUGUGAUUGAUGAAAUUUUCACACAGUUUUCUCUUUAGCGAUAAGUAGUGGAGUAAUAGAAAUGUUCCUCAAGUUAAGGAUCUUAGUUACUUUGAUAUUUUUUUCAAUUUCUUCAAUUAUAGCGUUGGAACCUUCUGAUCUGGUAUUUAUUAUUUUAAGUCAAGAAGAAAGCUACAAUGCGGCUCAAGCUCAAUUAUUAGAGACUGAUUUAAUAAAACAAUCAAGUGUUUUAGAUAAAGUUCCACAUAAGAUUAUUUUAACUCAUGACUUGGAUGUCUUUGGAUCAUGGACCAUUGUACCAUUAAUUCCAUAUUUAGCUAGCAUCAAUGUUACUGCACAAUGGUAUGUUUUUUGCACUGAAAAUACAGUUGUAAGAUUAAGUAAAUUACUGAAAGCACUGGGCCAAUACGAUGUAGAUAUUUAUAGGAAUUUGUGGGUUGGACAUUCUUUGUAUGACAAAGAACCUACGAUAAUACAUCACUUUGCAGAACAUUCAAAAAAGUUCAAAUACCCAAAUCUACAAUCAGGUUUUGCAAUAUCGAAACAUUUGUUUAACAGUUUAGUUAAGAAAGCUGGUGAUGGUACGGUCAACAGUAUAGACUUCUCAGUUGAUGUUUCAUACGAAUUUUCUAAAUUUGUUUUUAAUGAGAGCAAAAGUGCUCGUUUAACGCAUUUGCCAGCAUUCUGUAUCGUUGCUACUGAAGAUUGUGCCACCUAUCCUAGGCCUUUUUAUCCAUGUGAUAAACUAUCAGCUAAACAAAACGUUUAUGUGGCAGUUAAGACUUGUACCAAGUUUCAUAAAGAAAGGCUUGAUAUUAUUCGCAAAUUAUGGAUAAGGCAUGCAGAACAUGCAGGAUUUUUUACUGACCAAUUAGAUGAAAAUUUAAGGGAUGGAAUCGUAGUUCCCAAGACUGAUCAGGGUCAUUGUGCAAAGACCUUUGCAAUUUUAAAAUAUGUAGCUCCUAUUCUGGAUGAAAGAAAAUUAGAUUGGUUGCUAAUUGUCGAUGACGAUACCAUAUUGAGUUUAUCCCGACUAUUUCAACUAUUAACAUGUUACAAUCCAGAAAACUCUGUAGCAAUAGGUGAGCGUUAUGGAUAUAGAGCAACCAAAAUUCACGGCUAUGAUUACUUAACUGGUGGUGCUGGCGUUGUUCUUUCUACUGCUCUUGUACAUAAAAUUAUCAAGCCAGGAGUGUGCAAUUGCCCGGUUGAAACAACGCCUGAUGAUAUGUUUCUAUUUGGAGUCUGCCUAGCCCACUUGGGAGUUAAAGUCACUAACUCGCCUCUGUUUCAUCAAGCGAGACCGAGCGAUUACGCUGAAGCCUAUCUUGCCUCUCAAGAACCGAUUUCUUUCCACAAAUUUUGGAUGAUCGAGCCAGAAGAGGUCUAUGAACAAUGGUUCGAAGAUGCUGAUUUAGUUAUGUUCUCAAAAAAUAAAGCUCGAAAGCGCAUAGAGUUAUGAAAAUUCGAGUAAUUGUGACAAAGUGAAGAAAUCUUAAUAACGCAAUGAUCUAAGAUUUUAUGAUAAGAGGAAUUGAAAGUCAACCGAUGGCUGUAUCAAAUAAGAACAAAAAGUUCAAAUGCACAUAUCAUAACUGUCGAUAAUAUGUAUAAAAUGCACAAGCACAUUUUUUUAUAGUUAUUUAUAAAUGUUAUUGUUUAUACA